UUUUUUUUUUUAUUAAAAGCUUACUUUAUUAUUAUUGUUUAUAUUUAUAUUUUUUUAUAAUUAAGUAAACAUAGUUUUAACUUAAUAGAAAUACUUCUUUUUCCCCUCCGAUUUUGAAGAAGAAAAAUAAAAUAUAAACAAAAAUGUCGUCCAAAGGGUCAAAAAUGGCAAAUAUAGUCAACUAUAGACUACGAAUUACUUUAUCUGAUUCGCGUGUCUUAACUGGUCAAAUGUUGGCUUUUGAUAAACAUAUGAAUCUCGUCUUAGCUGAUUGUGAAGAAUUUCGUAGAAUCAACAAAAACGCAAAAGACAAGUCAGCAGCUAAUCUCGAACAAAAAAGAACUUUAGGUCUUGUUAUUUUAAGAGGUGAAACUAUUGUCAGCAUGAGCAUCGAUGGUCCUCCACCACCAUCUACUGAUGACAUUAGAUCGAGAGCUCCUGGAUUAGCUGGUGGUGUUGGUAUAGGAAGACCUAUGGGACGUGGUUUACCUGCUGUUCCUCCACCAAUGGGUGCCCCUAUGGCUGGUCUUUCUGGUCCUGUACGUGGUGUUGGUGGUCCUGCACCUGGCGCAAUGCAACCUAGACCUGGAUAUCAAGGUGCUCCAGUCACAUAUGGUCGUCCUCCUAUGCCUCCACAAGGUUUCCGUCCCCCACCAGGUAUGCCACCUAUGGGCUUUAGACCUCCUCAUGGUAUGCCUCCUCCAGGCUUCCGUCCUGGCAUGCCUCCUCAAGGCUUCCCUCCAGCUGGUCGAGGUGCACCACCACCAGGAAUGUAUCAACGCCCUCCUCCUCCUCCUCCUCCUCAACAAUAAUUUGAUUAUUUUAAAUAAAAUGGUUCGACUGAUGAUUUUUAAACUGGAAAAAAGAAAAAGGCUUCUUUUGCACACUAAUAAAAUCAAUCACACCUUCUCUCUUUCUUUCUUUUUUUUUUCCCCUUUCCCCCUCCCCUAAUAACUCAUAAAUCCUAAAAGACGACAGUAAAAUACUUAUAUAAAAACAAUCUGUAAAUUGAUGCAUCCAUAUACGAAUGAUUUGAUAAAUAAAAUUAUGCCGAUCUUACGGAAAAAAGA